AUGUCCUCCAAAUUCGACAGCUUCCCUUGGGAGAAACCAGAGUCACCUGUCCAAUCCGCAGCAAAGUGGUGCUUCGAUUUCGUCAAGCCAGCUAUCGCCACGAGAUCUCCUCUGAAGAAGAAGCCACAGCAGCGUACCGCAUAUCUGGAUGGUCUUCGAGGAUUCGCGGCCUUUCUAGUCUACUGGCAGCAUCACGAGUUAUGGCCUCUCCGUGAAGUAGCCGCCCCUCGAAUUAUGGAGAAUGGAUGGGGCUACGAAAACAAAUACUAUUUUGCCACCCUUCCUGUCGUCAGAACCCUCUUUACCGGUGGACAUUUCGCCGUAGCCGUCUUCUUCGUUAUCUCGGGCUACGUUCUGGCAGCUAAGCCUCUGGCUUUGAUCAAUUCUGGAGAGUUGAUGAAGCUCCAGGAUAACAUAGGCUCUGCUCUGUUCCGGCGUUGGACACGACUUCAUCUCCCUAUCAUUGCCGUAUCACUCGCCUAUCUGACGUCGUGGCAUCUUUUCGGAAUUUGGACUUUGUCCCCGCAGCACGAAGAAACCUACUCCAAAGAAUUGUGGAGGUGGUACUUGGAGUUCAAGAACUACUCCUUUGUCUUCAGAGGCGGUGGAGAAGCCUGGCUCACCUACAACUUUCCUGCGUGGUCCCUUCCGAUCGAGUUCCGAGGAUCUAUCAUCGUCUACACCACCCUUAUGGCGUGCGCCAGAGCCACCAGGAAUGCCAGACUCUGGGUUGAAGUCGGCUUGAUAUACUACUUUAUGUAUAUCGUUGAUGGUUGGUUCGGAGCUAUGUUCAUGGCGGGCAUGUUUAUCUGCGACCUGGACCUGCUCGCUCGGGACAACAACUUGCCGCAUUUUAUAAAGCGUCUGGAACCCUGGAAGAUGCCCAUUUACUACACCUUCUUCUGCAUAUCUAUGAUCAUCAGUGGAGUUCCCUCGCACGUAGCAGACUAUGUCAUCCUUGACGAGGCUCCAGGAUGGCACUGGCUUGGAAAGCUGAAGCCGGAAGCGCCCUGGGACCAAAAGUGGUUCUUCCUCUCCUGGGCCGCCGUCUUCCUCGUCUCUGCCAUCCCUCGCAUCUGGUGGCUCAAGGCCUUUUUCGAGACAACUUUCAACCAGUACCUCGGCCGCAUCUCGUUCUCCUUGUACCUGAUCCACGGUCCAAUCCUAUGGACUUUGGGUGAUCGCCUUUACUGCGCUGUCGGGUGGUACAAGGAAGCGCAUGAGGAGUUCAUCCCGAACUGGGUCAACAGCUUCCCUCUUUCGCAUAAUGGACCGUUGGGUCUGGAGCCGGCAUUCCUGGUGCCGCAUUUGAUUCUGCUGCCGUUUACCUUGUGGGCAGCUGAGAUUGCGACCAAAAUCAUCGACGAGCCUAGCACUAGAUUUGCUCAGUGGACCUACAGGAAAGCACUGACAAAGCCAGGGCCGGUCUUGGAGAUGCAUGGAUAG